AACGCAUGUACACGUGGAGGCUGGUGGUGGUGGGGGGUCGUAGAAGCACACGUGCUCUUUGAAGGGGUAGAAUAAAGUUCCCGUUUUAGGACAUGCUUACGUAGGAGGUUUAACCCACAGUGGCCCUCAUGCUUCUCUGCUGAAGCAGUCGAUCAGGUACUCUGGAUGCAUUUGUUGCUAUGGGAGAUUGGAACACUAUUGCAGUGCCAGCACAGUUACCAGAUAACAAUAUUCCUUGGUAUACCUCAGCCAAAAAGAUGUCCCCCUCAAGUUUAAGUAUACAUGUUCUAAGCUCACCACUGCCUUUGUCCGAAAGCACACACAGCUUUUCCAGUGCCUUCUGCACAGAUGAGAAUAUUGAACAGAGCCUCUCCUAUCUUAAUAUGGAGCUGACCACACUUGGAUUCCCUUCACUUUAUGCUGACUCCAAAGGUAAAGAGUUGCAUGUAGUAUCAGUUUUAAACUGUAUGAAUGAACUACUCCAGCUUCAGCGCCGGCAUCUUCGAACUCGGGAAGAAGCAGAAACUCAGCAUCUCAAACUGAGCAGUGACAUGGACCAUCUGCAGAACUGCUAUGCUAAACUAAAGGAACAACUGGAAACCUCUAGAAGAGAAACAGUUGGGCUUCAAGAAAGAGAUAGACAACUGCAGUGCAAGAAUAGAAAUUUGCACCUAUUACUCAAAAACGAAAAGGAUGAGGUGCAGAAGCUACAGAACAUAGUUGCAAGUCGAGCUACCCAGUACAAUCAUGAUAUGAAGAGAAAAGAGAGAGAAUACAACAAACUGAAAGAACGUUUUCACCAGCUGCUCAUGAACAAAAAAGAUAAAAAACUUGCUAUGGAUGUUCUAAACUAUGUUGGGAGAGUUGAUGGCAAGCGAGGUGGAUGGAGAACUGGAAAAACAGAAGCUAGGAACGAAGAAGAAAUGUACAAAGUUCUCCUAAAUGAGUACGAACAGCGGCAAAAACAGCUUCUUGUGGAAAAUGCUGAGCUCAAAAAGCUGCUGCAGCAAAUGAAGAAGGAGAUAAUCUCUCUCCUUCCACCACAGAAACAGAAACCUAAAGAGAAGGCUGAAGAUGGCAAUGGAACUGUAAAUGUCCUGUCGGACGUGGAGGAUGACUCUGGAGAAAUAAAUAAAGAGAACAUGUGGGAACUGUCUUGUGACACAGUGCGUGAACAGCUUGCUAAUAGCAUUCGAAAGCAGUGGAGAAUGUUGAAAAACCAUGUGGAAAAGCUUGACAAUCAAGCAUUGCAUGUGCACUCUAGAACACUGAACAACAGUGAUACAAUCUCAAGAGAAGACCAUGAACUUGAAGUUGAAAGGCUACAGUUGGAAAUUCAGCAGUGCAAAGAAAUGGUCAAAACUCAACAGCAACUCCUACAGCAACAGCUAACUUCUCCAUCUGACGAUGAUACCAGCCUGUUGCUAAAGGACUGUUACUUGCUAGAGGAAAAAGAGCGAUUGAAGGAGGAAUGGAAACUAUUCAAAGAACAAAAGAAGAACUUCGAGAAAGAGCGCAAAAGUUUUACAGAAGCUGCUAUUAGAUUAGGACUUGAGAGGAAAGCUUUUGAGGAAGACCGUGGAACUUGGCUGAAGCAACAGUUCUUAAAUAUGACUUCUGAGCCCUAUAAGUUUGAACAUGUGAAACUUCAAAGUGCCUUAUCAGGAAGUUCUGACUCUGAUAGUCCAUUGACAAAUUUCAGGUCUUGCCAAAAGAAAUCUAACAACUUGUUCUCUGAUAUUUGUCAGACUCAGCAUGAACUUGCAAAAAGUUCAAGCACUCUUCUGGAUAAAACAUCUACAUACCGAAAACCAAGCCAAGUUAAAAGGGAGAAGCAGCAAAAGAUACUGCCCAGUGGCCCUGUUGCCUCGGACGACACAUACAGUUUACAUAUGUGGUUACCAGCAAACUCAUGCACAGAACAUCUUGAUAACUUGCCUUAGAUUUUUAGUCUAGUGCUCUUUGUUAAGCAUACGUGUCCAUCAACUUUCUGACUUUGUUUGGUGAAACAGGGUGUUAUGAGUGGACUUGCUCAGUGAUAGCAGUUGUGGUAUAUGUGUGGCUUUUUUAGCCCCCUCCCAAUCUUUCUAAUCUGUACCUUUUUGAAAGGCCAUUAAAAUCUUUGGAAAUGUGUUAGGUUUGAAAUAGAAGUCUUGGUUCUUUGACAGAAUGUAUGGGGAUCUUCUGGUAAUGAAAUACUGUAGCCUUUUGUAUUUUUUACUUUAGGCAAAAGUAGCACUUUUAACACUAGUUCAUGGUGAACAGUUCACUUAGGUGAACAUGAGCAAUUGAAACUUUUUUCCUUCACUUGAAUGUACAGAAUAUGGUAGAAAAUUAACAUGACAGGUUCUGUAUUUGUUGUGUGAUUUGUGUGUUCAGAUUACCUCUUUCAUAACUGUUAAACAAAUGGCAAAUCUUAAGUUGUGAUUAGAUGAAAGAGAAAUGAUUAUGUGACAAUGCCAUGAAAUAAAAUGCACAGAUCCCAAAAAAUCAUAGUAUUUUACAUGCCAAAUGUAAAUGAAUUAUUUUUAUUGUGAUGCUAUAUUUACAGGAGAAUUUUUCUUUAAAAGAAUUACUCUAGUCAAGAAUAAAA